AUGACUUUUAUAACGCCCGACCUAACACUGCACACCAACCUCCAUCCUUCCGUAGCUCCCCAUCUCGUGGCACAAUCGCGUUGCCUCACCGUCGCCGGCACAAUUACCUCCCAACUCCGUAUCCAGUCUAUCCUCUCACCCGCUGACCCGUCGGGUGCCGAUGAGCCCCACACCGUCAGUACCCCAUCCAAUAUAUUGAGUCCAUACACCAAGCAAGAGGACCCCUACGAACAACCCCUUCUCAAUGCUGCGCCUUCGCAGCUUCCGGUCUUUGAGCAGACUACGGACCACGCGCGUUUUCUGCCUCAAUCUCAAUGUGACCAGGCUGAUAUCGUAAACGAAUCUCAGGCAAAGGGCAAUCUCAAAUCUGAACCGGAUGUCAACCUUGUUCUCCUUGGGAUUCUUACCUUGACCGCCCGGUUUCAUAACGAUUUGGUCAAGUAUGUUGCGGCCAUGGCCCCUUCUUCCGGGAGUGGCCGGUCACGCCAGGGUUCUGUGAAGAUUGACCCCAACUCCGCCUCCGAAUUUUACGCCUCCUCGCUUACCACCGCUCUGGGCUCCUUGCCGGACGCCAUUACUGUCGUAAGCGUCGAGAGGGUGCAGGCUUUUCUCAUGUUGGGCUUGUAUGAAUGGACCCGAAAUCUGAUCGAGAAAGAAAUUCGACGGCGAACCAUGUUCAGCUGCUUCAUCCUCGAUAGGUUACUCGCGGUAGGAGAUGAUCGGGUCUCAAUGAUUAGCUCCACAGACCUCCACAUACAGCUGCCCUGCUCUGAGUUUGCAUUUGACCUUGCAUCCGAGGUUUAUACUGGCUUCCUCAACAAUAGCGACGAACUGGCUCAGCAAUCUAUUCGUCUGCCCCGAGACGAUAGCGUCCUCAGCCGAUUUGUGAAGUUGGUAGAUCUAUGGGGAGAAAUCACGCGCUAUAGUUUCAGUGGUGGCCGCGCGACAGAGGGCGAUAAGCGCCCAUGGGACUCAUCGUCGACAUUCAUGAGGCUGAGGAAGAGGCUUGAUGCCUUUUACAGCAGCUUGCCCGAUACCUUUACGCUCUCUCCUAAGAACUUCUACCGCCACGAUAACCAUCAGGCAACUAGCAUGUAUGUCUCCCUCCAUGUUCUCGGAUCCGUCUGCCAAAUCAUGAUACAUCGGGAGUACAUACCCUUUAUCCCCAUACGGUGUAGCCAGCCAGCCGGUCCGCUAGACCCGCCUCUAAUCCUGGAUGACGGCCCUCCGGGCUUUUGGGAGGAGAGUGCAGAGCAUGUGUUCAAGUCAGCGCGAGACAUUGUUGGUAUCAUCGAGCUUUCAGGGGACAAGCUUCCGCAAUCGUCUUUAGUCCUCUUCGCCAUCUGGACGGCUGCCUUUUGCGGACUAUAUGCUAUUCAUUUUCCGCAAAUGGAUACCCGGCACCACAUGAUCCGCCCAGGGGAUAUCCAACCUCAGCACGAAGAGAUAUAUGGUCAGAGCAAGGAGAGUGCGACAGGCGUUACAUUUCGCACUUUGACGAAGCUGGCACCAUACCUCCCGUUAGCCGGCACCUAUCUCAAAAUCUUCAAGGACUGUGACCGGUAUUUUACCCAGGUCACGAACGACUUUUCAAGUUUGAGGGCCGCACGCAUGCACCGGAGAGUGCGGGACAGCAAGCGAGUGGAAGAAGUGUUCAGGGUGGUGGCGCCGAGCGAUUCAACGACGCCCACGGUCGAAGCCUCGUACCGAGGAGUCCAGCUCCCUCAUGACCCGCUCGAGUCGUACUACCCCAUCGAUACAUCUCCAACACUGCAGAGCACCUUUAUACCCCAGGACGGAGGCCGGUUUUCCCACGAUACUGCCAACCCCCUCUCUUAUAUUGAGGCGCACCAGAACACGAGGCUCAGCUGUGUCCUUACAGACCUCUCGGCGUUUUCGGGAAGCGGGGACCCCUCACCUUUGCCGCUCUCCAACCGAUUCCGUGGGACGCGCAAUACUUUGAGGAUAAACCUCCGCUUUGAUGAGAACAUUCUCCAGGAUAGGCAAGCGGCCGCGCUCGAUGAAGCAGUCGAGGUUGUAGCCGCCCUGGAGCAGGGUGUCGAUGUAGGUCUGGACGAGGGUAGUGUAGAGGGUGUCGUCGCCAGAGGAGCGUCGGAUCCACAACGCGCUGGCGUUUUGUAA